AUGCUGCACUGUUGGGUGUUAUUUCCGCACCAAGAGCUCGGCGUUUCGGAACAAUACCUUGAUCCCUUCCAACGCGAUCCAGUCACUUCGAAUAAGGGUACUGCCCUCUGGUUCGCGAUCUUCGAUCUUGAAGGUGGUGCUACCAACGAUAUUGCCAUGAAUGCCACUGCAUACGCCCACCGUGAUGGUUUAGUAUGCUCUGCCUCACUCUGCGCUCCUGCUUUCAAGUUCGUUGACCCUUCCCUUCCACUUUUUAGUUCUAUCGAAACCUAUGCCGUCGGACUCUUGGGAGUAGAAGACCGAACGAGACAAUACCUCAACGAUAUCAACAACCUCAUCGAGUCUUCGAUACCCAAUGAUAAAUUGGGUGCCUACACGGCAUACGUCGAACCGUACUUGAAAGAUGGACAGCGGUAG